CAAUAAACUUUUUUUUCGUUUAUUAGCAAUUGUGAAUUGCUAUAACGAAAAGAAGAAGUGUAUUAUUUUCUUACAAAAUUACAUUAAAAAUUCUACUGUAGUGGCCGGUUUUGCAAAUGUUUAUUGUUUAGCCGGCAAACUUGAGUCUAAUUCCAAGUGAAGUAAAAAUCAAAUUAUUAUUUGUUAACAUGUCAGAUGCCAAAGCUGGUCGUUCUGGACCCACAACAUCUACUUAUGCGCUAAUUCCAAAACCAGCCAAUUUGCAAUGUAUGGAUCUGCAAGAAUAUCUACGGACAAGAACGCCAGAAACAUUGGAGAAAUUGUAUAAUUAUCCAACUAUUUGUUUGGCUGUCUAUAGAGAAUUGCCUGAAAUUGCACGCCAAUUCGUAAUACGUAUACUUUUUGUAGAGCAACCAGUACCUCAAGCGGUGGUCGCGUCAUGGGGCUCGCAACACUAUGCCAAAGAACAAGCUGCUUCCGCCUCAUGUCUAACAGAACUCAACGUAUGGCGCGUUACUGCCAUACCUGGCGGCUUAUCAGCUUGGGAGCUUUGCUCAACAUUUAAAAAGAACUUAAAAAUAGCUUUACUAGGUGGUGGUAAACCAUGGUCCAUGUCUCAUACGUUGGAAAAAGAUUCGAAACCACGAGAUAUCGCUUUUCUUGAUACAUAUGCUAUGGCUCGGUGGCGAUGCGUAUUGCACUACAUGGUAGGCACUGGAAGCUCAAAUAAAACACAAGAUAGUGAAGGUAUUAGUCCAGAUGCAGUGCGCAUUUUACUGCAUGCUAAUCUCAUGAAACGUGACGAACGCGACGGGAUUACUAUAACACGGCAAGGAUUUCAGUUUCUACUGCUCGACACACAAUCACAGGUAUGGCAUUUCAUGCUACAGUAUCUGGACACCUGCGAAGAACGUGGUCUGUCGUUACCCGAUUGCCUCUCAAUGUUGUUCCAACUGAGUUUUUCCACCUUGGGACGGGACUAUAGCUCCGAAGGCAUGAGUGCAAAAAUGUUGACAUUUUUACAACACUUACGUGAAUUUGGGCUCGUAUUUCAACGUAAACGUAAAGAAGGCCGUUUUUAUCCCACUCGGUUGGCGUUGAACGUUACAAACAAGCAUGCCACCGUGCCAGCCAUUAUUAAUGAAGAAGAUAAGGUCCAGGAGAGUGGUUAUAUUGUGGUGGAAACAAAUUACCGUGUAUACGCCUACACAGACUCGCCGCUGCAGGUUGCAGUGUUGGGUUUAUUUACCGAAUUACUAUACCGUUUUCCUAACUUAGUGGUCGGUGUACUAACACGAGACUCUGUGCGUCAAGCUCUACGAGGUGGCAUAACUGCAGAACAAAUAGUAAGCUAUUUAGAACAAUAUGCGCAUCCGAAUAUGAAAUUGACUGAGUCGGCAAUCAAAUCAAAAUCACCACUACCUCCAACUGUCGUCGAUCAAAUUAAACUUUGGGAACUAGAGCGUAAUCGUUUUAUCUACACUGAGGGUGUGGUCUACAAUCAAUUCUUGUCACAAGCUGACUUUGUGACGCUACGUGAUUAUGCACAAUCUAUCAAUGUGCUGGUACACAUGAACGAACGUACGCGUACUAUGGUCGUGACUAAAAAUGGGCAUGAUGAUGUGAAACGAUUCUGGAAACGCUACUCAAAGGGUGGUGGUUAAAUGGUUGCUGUAGGUGUAGCAUUAUUUUCAAAUCAAGUUACUUAUCUUAAAGGUGUUUUUUUUUAUAAUUAAUUAAAAAAUAUCACUCACACCGUUUGUAUGUAUGUAUAGUAAAUAAUCUUUAAUAAAAGUACGUACAUGUGUGCUUAAUAUUACAAA